AUGAAGCCCAAGGCCGCGCAGGACGCCGCCAAGACGGCGCUGGAGCUGGCCGAGUCCAGCGAGUGGGGCGCGCUCGACCGCCUCAUCUCGGCGCAGCCCGAGCGCGCCGACGACAUGGACGACUUCGGCAUGAUGCCGCUGCACUGGGCCUGCACGGACACGCACGUGCCGCUGCGCACCGUCAAGAAGCUCGUGGACGUGGCCCCCAACGCGCUCAGCCACAAGAACAAGGGCGGCCUGCUGCCGCUGCACAUCGCCGUCAAGGCCGCCACCAAGCUCGAGGUGCUGCGCGCGCUCGUGCAGGCCGCGCCCGACGUCGCCGAGUGCCUCUUCGAGGAAACCCCCACGGGCGAGACGCCCGCCGAGCUCGCCAGGGCCUACCAGCUCACGGACGACAAGGUCACGUUCCUCGUCGAGAUGGAGGAGCAGCUGCGCGCCGCGGGCAAGGCGCCCGACCGCCCGAGCGCCAGGUUCCAGGCCUUCUUGAACCAACCCGGCGGCUUCCCCCUCCCGGACGACACCACCAGCGUCAGCAGCUUCAGGAGCCUCCCCUCGGCCUUGGGCAGCGGCCGCGGAGGCGCCGCGCUGGACGACGAGUGGGCCAGCAACCGGUCGGCCGUCAACGCUGUGAGCAGCGCUCUCAGACUGCCCGACGGACUCGCGGGGGUGCCGCUGCCCCCGCGCUGGAGACUGGACAAGCGGUGCAACAUCUGCCAGCUCAAGUUCAGCUACUUCAAGACGCGUCACCACUGUCGCUCAUGCGGCGAGUCGGUGUGCAGUACGCACUCGAACAAGCGUCUGCCGCUGCACCACUUGGGCCUCAAGACGCCCCAGCGCGUGUGCAUUCUCUGCUACGAUGACCUGCGCGAGAACGGCGCGCCCUCUGCGGUGGUCAACAUGUACGGCCAUGGACGUCACAGCAGCUUGCCCCCGAUGGAGCCCAACAUGAUGCGACAGGAGUCUACGCCGAAUCCCAAGGGCGCUGGCCGACCACCGCUGCGCUCCAUCAACAGCACAGUGUCCAUGACCACCACAUCUUCCAGCAGCCGCGACUCGGCGUUCCAGAGCCCGUCGGAUACUGACCGCUACUUCAAUUCGUCUUGCACCCCGCGCAGGAUCGUGCGGGACACGGCAGAGCGCGACCCGACGCUGACGACGGCCUUGCCGUUCGAGGACGACCCGCGCGGACGUCCUCGCGCGUGGACAGAUGUGGAUUCGACGGAGAAGUACCAGGAUAUGCAGGAACAGGUGCGCGAGCUGGAGUCGCAUGUGCAGGAGCUGACCUUGGCCAAGUCUCGCAUUGAGAAGAAGCUGGAGGACGCCACCCGCCUGGCGGCUGAAGCCAAGAAGGAGCGCGCUGCAGUGGACGCGGACGUAGCGGAGCUGCGCAACAACCGCAUCAUUGAUAUUAACCGCCUCUCCUUGGACGACGAUGAAGACGACGAGAACCACAACACUGGCAACAAGAAGGAGGAGGUGCAGGGACGACAGCGUCAGUACUCGGUGCAGGUGGAGAAGAAGAUCGACCUGAUUGAGGACAGGGAGGUGAACGUCGCCGAGACGUGCAACUACCUGGGCCAGGUCUUCCUCGACCGCGGCGAGUACAACAGCGCUGUGGUGGAGUUCCGCAAGUCGGUCGACGCGAACCGCAAGGACGUGGACGUGUGGAUUAAUCUGGCGCGUGCGCUUCACGGCGCUGGUGAGUUCUACGACGCUGAGAUUGCCAUCCGACGUGCGUUGGCGCUCACGCCCAAGAACUACGCGUCGCUGUCGAUGCUGGGCAAGAUCCUGCACUCCAAGGGCGAGCACGAUAAGGCUGUCGAGGUGUUCCGUGAGGCAUUAAGCCUGAUGGACCAGGAGGACGACUCGGAUGAAGACGUGGGCUCGAUGACUGUUGGAUGGUAAGGCGCCUUCCUCACAGGGCCCGGGCUCUCCUUCUUUUGAGCACCCAUGAAGCACGAGAGCCUUCACGCGACCAGCACAGCGCUGGAACUCACAACACCGGACUUCAGACGUUGGAAAUGCCGCACGCGUUGUUAUUUAGUAAGAAGACGCCGUUUUCCAGCCCGAGGCCUCCUGUACUCAGGAGGCCGACGGAGAACAAACAAGUACAGUAGGAAACAGAAAAUACAAGCGAGUUACGAGAU